AAAAAGGUUGUAAAUUCUGAAAAAUGGGUUUUUGGGUUUUGUGAAUUUUAGUGAAUGGGAUCAUUUGCUUUCUUUAUAGUUUGUGUUCUACAUUCACUAAUAGCAGUUGUAACAAUGUUCUAUUUGAAUGAAGUUUAUGUACUUGAACAUGGUAUUGAAACAGCCAAAAGGUUGUUAGGGUCAAUCCCACAUGACUAAUUGGUGAUUAAAACAUCUGAUUUAUUUGUUGGAUUGAUGUUAUGUGUCAUUAGGUUAUUGUUAUUUGUGGUGUCUUUUGUUAAGGAGAGGGAAUUUCAGAGUUUUUUCGCGAAAGGUUGUGAUUGUCUUCAUGUAGCAAUGAGAUUAUGGAGAGUGUAUUUUGAGAGGAAGCUUGAGGAUUUGGCUUAUAAUUGGCUAAGACAACUUGUUGGUGAUUUUGUUCUAGGACUUUCUUGGGUGUUUUUUCUUGUUAAUUCAUGGAGGAAAAAGUAUGAUUAGAAAGAUUUUUUUUUUCUGAACUUUUGUUAGCGUUAGAUGUUUCAGAGUCCCAAAUAAUGAUGUUUGAUGGAAAAAACAGAUUAAAACACUUCUAGCAUCUUAAGAUGCUUGAUCAAAUUCUUUUCUUUUUCAAAUUGGUGUUAUAUUUAGCUCUUUGCUUGCAAGAAAUAUUUUAUUUUGUGGCUGCUAUUGUUUCAGAAUUUCUAAGUAUUUUGUGGCUGCUAUUGUUUCAGAAUUUCUUCUAUAUGUAAACAAUCGAUGGUUGUUUAAACAACUUGUGUUUAUUUUAUAACUUCGAGAAGUUUAUUCAUUUGGUCUAUUGUUAACAAUUUAUGAUGCUUUAUGUAUGUAGAUAAAAUGGAAACAAAAAAUCAAAAAAUUUAUAAAAGAAGGCCUAGAAAAAAGGCUAGGUCAACGGAAGAGGAGUCUGCUUCUGCUGGAGAAGCGGAUAGGCUUCCACAAACUCAGGAAACAGAAGAAUUGACCUCAUCAGCUCGUGGUUCAGUUAGAGAAGAUGAGGAAUCAAUAGAUCAGGAAGAUAAAAAUGAAAGUGGAAAAGAAAGUGUAGAAGAUGAGGAAUCAACGCAUCAGGAAGGACAAAAUGAAAGUGGAGAAGAAAAUGCAGAAGAUGAGAAAUCAACGGAUCAACAAGAAGAAAAUGAAAGUGGAGAAGAAAGGGAAGAAGAAACAAAUCAUGUACUUUUCGAACAAACAAAAAAAGUAUUACAUGAUGAGAAUGUUGCCCCUUCAAGAUCAAAUGUGAGUGUUUUUUUAAAUUGUCAUUAGUGAAAACAAAGAGUAGGUGUUUUAGUAUCCAUUUACUAUUUUUUAGAAAAUUACCCCCAGUUCAAACAACUGAUGGAUGCUUAAACACCUACUAAUUGUUUAUUGUAAACAAGCAGUUGUUAUUUAAGCAUCAACUAGUUGUUUAAACUACCACCAGUUCAAACAACAUAUGUUUGUGGCUUUUUUAUACUUUCUUUUAAUUAAUCAAUUUUAUAAUCAUGUACAGUUUGCUGAUGAUUCUGAUACUGAGAUUCCCGAAUGCAUCAAGUCCAUUGAUCUUACAAAAUAUAGCUUCAAGACACAUUAUUCCGCGCACGGUGAUAUUCCGAGAAAGAUUUUUGUAAAGUCACCUCUAGGAGGAAAAACAUUUCUUGAAUUUAGAGGACUUCUGGUAGAACAAGGUAUUUUAGAUAGGUUCAAAAAAAGUUGUUUUGGGCAUUUUAUAGAUAUUCCAAUGCAGCGGGUAAAUUUUGGGUCGCUGAUAGUUCAUGGUCUUCUACUCCGACGCAUCAUUUGUCAGAAAAAGAUGGAGCUGUGGUUUGAAUAUGAAAAUAUGCCUGUGUGUUUUGGAUUAAGGGAAUUUUCCUUGAUGACGGGACUACGGUGUCACCCUUUUCCUUCUGAAGAGGCAUUGGCUUGUCGGGUAAAGAAGGGUGAACCAUUAUGGGAAUUUGUUUCCAAGGAAGGAAAAACUGUUACUGCUAACUUCCUCCUUGAAAAGAUCAAAUCACCUGAAACACCAAAAAAUUAUAAGUUUUCACUUGCCUUGGUUUGAUUCUAUCACUGCAUCUUAUGUGCAAGAGAUAUAUCAUCAGGUGUUGAUGCAGACAUGACCAAGCUAGCUUGCAAGCCCUCUGUCUUCAACGAAUAUCCGUGGGGUCUCAAAAGCUAUCUUUUGACUGUUGAGUAUCUUGCAAAACUAAUAAAAUCUUAAUACAACCUCUACGGCUUCCCGUGGGCAUUCCUGGCUUGGGCUUUUGAAGCUAUUCCGAAACUUCAACGAAAUGCUAAGAAUGUUCCCCCUGAGAGGACAUUGCCACGUAUGCUAAGGUGGAUGUCGUAUGGAGGCCUAAAAAAAUCUAUGGAUCCAUUCGGUACCACUGAUGAAAACGUAGUGCACCCUUUCCUGAUUCCUACAAAUGCAGAAAAAGGGGAAAAAUACAUGAAGGACCUUGAGCCAUUUUCCAGUGAGGAAGCCGAUGAAAAAAUUGAUAUGUUAAAAGCAGAAUUGGUUGGAGUGACAACAAUCACAACGGGUGAAGUAGGAGCUAGAGAGGUUGGUGGUGAGGACAGGAUCCCAGUAAGGAGUGGGGCAGAGGAAAGGAGCCCACCAAGGGGUGUGGGUGCAGAAAGAAACACUCCAAGAGGGAUGGGUGAUGAAAGGAACCCGCGGAGCCCUUUAGUGAAUUCUGGUGACAGAUUUAUUUAUAGUCCAGUCAACUUUGAUUUUGGUGGUCAGUAUAGUGAAGGAGGAUUUGGUGCAGGAUCUUUUGGUGUUUGUCCUUCAAAUGCGAAGUGCUCCUGUGAAUGUCUCACUUGUGCGGAGAAACAAAGACAAUUGGAACUGAAAAUUUCUAAAAUGGAGGAGGAGUUCAAAGAAAUGGGGAAGUUUGCCAAACAACUUGUAGAAGAAUUAUCUACUUUGAAUAAAAAACUCGAUCCUAGGAGGAUGUUAAGGAAUUCCAAAUACAUAAGAACUCCAUUUACUGUUGGUGCACGUAAAAUGAAGAAGAGGAUAAGUGUGACAAAUCUACUGCCUGAUAUUUACAAGCCUCUUGACAUUGAUAAGAGCAAGGAAAGAGUGGAACCAUAAACUAGGGAUGUGUUUGUUGGGAUAAUUUUUGUUGAUAAAUUUGUGGUGGAUAUUUUUGUUAGACUAUUUCUUGAUGUGGAAGUAUGAUGACUAUUUAUGGAUAAUUUGUAGAA